UGCGCCUGCGCAGACGGGAGACAGCUGAUAACUCAUCUAUUAUGCUACUUCGCUAAAUAUAAAUCCCGCAGAAACCUUCCCGGAGCCCGCUGGACGCCGGAGCACCGACCCGAAGAGCACAGCGGCGAGACGGUUGUGCGAUGGGAGUUUGUCUCCUCGGAGGAAACAUCGAGCUGAAGAAUCGACACCACCAACAACACCUGAACUGAACACACGCUAACACACACCUGUGUGCCCACACACACACACACACACACACACACACACACACACACACACACACACACACACACACACACACCCUCAGACCACAGAGGGAGUAGUUUUUUUACCUUUAGGUCGGACACUGCCGUCCCACAGUGCAUUGCUGCGUCACCGUCGUCCACCAUGUCGGACGCCCCUGAGGCUGCGCCCCCAGCCCCCACCGUCACCAACCCGACCCCCCCGGAGGUCACCAACGCCACCAAACCUGGAAGAAAGACCAACCAGCUGCAGUACAUGCAGAACGUGGUGGUGAAGACGCUGUGGAAGCAUCAGUUCGCCUGGCCGUUCUACCAGCCGGUCGACGCCAUCAAACUCUGCCUCGCAGACUACCACAAAGUGAUCAAGAACCCGAUGGACAUGGGAACCAUCAAGAAACGUCUGGAAAACAAUUAUUACUGGAGCGCCAGUGAGGCCAUGCAGGACUUCAACACCAUGUUCACCAACUGUUACAUCUACAACAAGCCCACCGAUGACAUCGUCCUCAUGGCUCAGGCUCUGGAGAAGAUCUUCCUGCAGAAAGUCUCUCAGAUGCCUCAAGAGGAAGUCGCUCUGCUGCCUCCAGCUCCCAAAGGCAAGACCAAGGGCAAGGGGCCGGCUACUCCAGGUACUACAGUGAGUCAGCAGGCGGAGUCUUCAGCCUCCCCUCCCCCUUCCUACCCCUCCCCCCCCUCCCAGACACCUGUCAUCUCAACCACGCCCACACCUGUCCAGACCACGCCCCCUGUCUCUGCCCCGCCCCCGGCAACCAUGAUGCCGUCUGCACAGCCCGUCGUCAAGAAGAAAGGUGUCAAGAGGAAAGCCGACACCACCACUCCGACCACGUCAGCCAUCUCUGCCGGUCGAGCCGACUCUCCGUCCGCUCAGGACACCAAACCGCCCAAACUGGGCUUGAACCGCCGCGAGGCCGCCGCCCGACCCGCCAAGACCCGCAGGGAGACGGUUGAGGAGGUGCCAGGGGGAGAAGUGGGAGGCGUUGUAGGAGGAGCCGGGAGAAGUAAGGGCGGAAAGCUGGGCGAGCAGAUGAAACACUGCGACGCCAUCCUGAAGGAGAUGCUCUCCAAGAAACACGCCGCCUACGCCUGGCCCUUCUACAAGCCGGUGGACGCCGAGGCCCUGGAGCUGCACGACUACCAUGACAUCAUCAAACACCCCAUGGACCUCAGCACCGUCCGGAAAAAGAUGGAUAAAGCAGAGUACAGCGAUCCUCAAAGUUUUGCCACCGACGUCAGGUUAAUGUUCUCCAACUGUUACAAGUACAACCCUCCAGACCACGAGGUGGUGGCCAUGGCCCGCAAGCUGCAGGACGUGUUUGAGAUGCGUUUCGCUAAGAUCCCCGAUGAGGGCCUGGAGGCAUCGGUCCCGUCUACUACACCAUUGGUCAGUAAAAGCACCGCCUCCUCUGACAGCAGCAACAACUCCUCCUCAGACGAAUCGUCCGACUCAGAGGAGGAGCGAGCCACGCGAUUGGCUGAGCUACAGGAGCAGGUUGGUGCUGCCGACCAAUCACAGUUGAAGGCGGUGCACGAGCAGCUGGCCGUCCUGUCCCAGGCUCCAGUCAGCAAGCCAAAGAAGAAGAAAGAGAAGAAAGACAAGGAGAAGAAGAAAGAUAAGGACAAAGACAAAGGGAACAAGGGCAAGAUGGAAGAGGAGAAGAAGCCCAAAGCUGCUGCUCAGCAGCCAAAACCAGCCAAUCAGAAGAAAGCGCCAGCAAGGAAAGCCAACAGCACGGUGACCGCCACGAGGCAACCUAAGAAAGGCAGUAAGGCGUCGGGCGGUGGCUCAGCUAACGGAGACGACGGCGAGGAGUCAUCUCUGCCGAUGUCCUACGACGAGAAGCGCCAGCUGAGUCUGGAUAUAAACCGGCUGCCGGGGGAGAAGCUGGGCCGCGUCGUCCACAUCAUCCAGUCCAGAGAGCCGUCGCUGAGGGACUCCAACCCCGACGAGAUCGAGAUCGACUUCGAGACCCUCAAACCCUCCACGCUUCGAGAGCUGGAGCGCUACGUGAAAUCCUGUCUUCAGAAGAAGCAGAGGAAGCUACUGCAGAAAGCAGCCGGAGGCGGGGCGUCGGGAGGCGGGGCUAGUCGCUUGACUGGCAGUUCCUCUUCCUCCUCUGAUGACAGCUCCUCAACAGGAACCUCCUCUUCCUCCGACACAGACUGAAAACACACACACACACACACACACACACACACACACACACACACACACACACUGAACACACACACUGAUCACACACACAGAGGUUUAUCCACUCUACACACACACACACACACACACACACACAGAACUCAAUCUAUUCAGUUAACACAGAUACACGCUAACACACACAUCCAUGUAAACUUCCAUCCUGAAAACACACAAACAAAAGACAGAGAUACACACUCUGAACUUCUUACAACACACACACACACACACACAUCUAUACAAACCACACACACACACACACGCCCAGACUUGGAGACUGUAUGUAAAUAGGCUGACCGUUUUUUUAGCUCCUAGUGUCGUUUUUUUUUUUUUUUUUUUUCUUCCUGAAAGAAUGCCGACAGAUAGAAGAGAAGAAGAAGGGAGCAACACUUUCCCAGUGAGAGGAGGAGGAGGAGGAGGAGAGACAUGCGAUGGAGAGACGGGCAGUCUGUCUGUCUGUCGUGGAGUCGUACUGAUCUUCUCCGAACAGCUUUCUUCUUCUUCUUGGACAGCUGGCUGCGACCCCUGACCUCUGAUAACAUUCCAGAAGCAUCUAUAGAGCAUCAUGGGAGAGGAGGAGGAGGAAGGAGAUCUCAGUGGGUUUACAACAACCUAACAAGGUUUCUGAUCGAUUGGAAGUUGAGAUUCCUGCAAAGAGUUCUUUAAACUUUGGUCUUCAAGGUGAAAACACCUGUGAGUCAAAGUUUGGAGCAUCAUGAGACACACGGGAGCCAAUCAGAGUCCUCCAUUCGUUCUUCAGCCAGUGAAACUGAUCGACAUCAGAACCGAUCCACUUCUGAUCAAUAAUGUUCAAACAUCACCUGUUGGCGUUCAGUUAAACUCCACCAGUCAACGGUGUGAAACUUGCUGCAGAGAGAAGCGUCAGUGCGGGAGGAGGCGUGAGAGCGUUGACGUUAACGGCGUCCUCCUGGAGGAGCAGCGGGAGCUCACGCCUCCUCCUGGAGGAGCAGCGGGAGCUCACGCCUCCUCCUGGAGGAGCAGCGGGAGCUCACGCCUCCUCCUGGAGGAGCAGCGGGAGCUCACGCCUCCUCCUGGAGGAGCAGCGGGAGCUCACGCCUCCUCCUGUAGUUCAGUAGAAAGAAACCAGAGACGUGUGUACUGUCCCUUUAAACACCACCUACUGUCUGUAAUAUGAAGAUGGUGCUCUAGUGGUCUGGUCUCAUGGACCGUUUCUCAAAGAUCAACAUCAGGACUCACAUCUGUAGAAGAUGAUGGACGUCUGAACACGUUGAGAUCAAAGUCGUAUAAAUAUAGAAUCAAUUAUGUUAUUGAUCAGGAUUCAGAUUCAGGUCUUUAAUGGUCUCAACCACAACUUCAUCUCUGACAAUAAAAGGUGGCCGAUGAUUUUUUUUUUUUUUCUCGCUGCAUCAAGUUUCAAGUUUUUUUCAGGAGUUCAUGUUUUUUAUUAAAAUGAAAAUCUCUGUCAGAUUUUCAAAGUAAAAGUCUGAUGAAUGAUUUCUAGAAACAGAAAAAGUUCCAAACAAGUAAAAUCCCUCUGAGACCAGACUGCUGGUCCUGCCACCAAACCCACAACCGACCGUCUCAACAGUGUGUGUGUGUGUGUGUGUGUGUGUGUGUGUGUGUGUGUGGGGGGUUUUCAGGCUCAGCCCCCCCCACCACCACCACACCACCACCAGCGCCGGCGCCGGCUCUGUCAGCAGAAAGACAAACUUCUUUUUUUAACACUACAUGUCCUUUAUGAUUUUUCUGUCUUUGAUUUUCAGGUUGUGUGCUGAACUUGUCUUCUAAGGUUCUCUAUAUAAAGACGUCUUUGUACCGCUGUACCCCCCCCCACUCAUACUGUACCCCCCCACACAGAGUCCAGCCUGAACCAGAUGUAAGGAAGAGUCCUCACUUUUAUGUCUCCAUUGUUUUAAAGGUUUUAUUUUAGCUGAUUAACAAACUUCAACUAAAUUAGUAGAAAAAAAAGAAAUAAUUCCAAACUGUCUCAAUAAGUCCAUCAGUUUAUAUUUUUAUCUGUUAGUUUUAUGAUGGUUUACUUUUUUAAAUAAAAACCUAAUAUGUGAGGAGGCAGAAAUCAAAUCAUUUGUUUCCUUUUUCUGACGAAAAUGAUUUAAAAUCAUUUUAUGAAGUAAUUGUUUUAUUUCAAGCUUUAAUUGAUAUUCUGUGAAACGGUCUGAUCUGAUUGGCUGCUGCGUGUCGUGUUGUGAUGACAUCACGACCUGGUGUUCACCUGAUUGGUUCGUUUCAGUGUCGGAUGCUUCCUUACGUUUGGACCAGCGCUCUGUAGACGUCAGGUUGACCUUUGACCCUGAGCUGAGGGUCCUGAAACGAGACCCAACUCAACCAGGCUCUGCUCUGAUUGGACGGUUUAUCAUGUGACCUCACAGGCAGUUUGUUUUUCUUUUCUAACCACUGGGUUUCACUUCUGAUCAGAUCAAUCGAUCAAUCAGGUCGAACCAAUCAGAUUAAAUCAUGUGACUUCUGCUCUCGAACACACAGCCGUCUGUCUGUCAGCUGACCUUUGACCUGCUUACAGACGACUGAGCAGCCAUGACUGAUGUUUCCUCCUCUGUGAUUGGUCGAACCUCUCUGAACUAAAGGCUUCUGAUUGGUGUUUAACAUAUUGAUUUCUGAUCGUCUGAUUAUUGAUCCUGUCACUUCUGAUUUCCUGUUUCAUCUCAUAAACUUGUUUUUAGCAAGCUUUCAACCACAUGUCAUGGUGUUCAUCGGGGGGUCAGUUGUCAUGGAGAUGGUUUGGUUGUUUUUAUUAUGGGAUGUCAUUUGUGCUUUCUGUUGUCGGACUGAAGAGGCAUGUUGAGAAACUAAAAACAAACAUUUGACCGACUAAUACCUGAUCAAUAAGUAAUGACACACACACACACACACACACACACACACACACACACACACACACACACACACACACACACACACACACACACACACACACACUUCCUCCCGGUGUGACAGACAGACAGGCGGACAGUGAGACAGCUCGUUGCCACAGUAACCCUCCUCUGUUUGUUUUUAGUUGAUGGUCCAGCUUUGAUGCUAAUAGUUAAUUUUUGUAUUUUAAUAAGAAAAAGGAAAAAAGUGAUUUUCUGUAUCUGCAUGCACUCCGGCCGACGUUCUUUCUCCGUAUGUUUGAGCGCUGUAUAGUAGCUGUAUAGUAGCUGUCUGGGGUUCAGGUGGAGCAGGUGGAGCUCCACCCGGUGGAGGAGAACCCACAGACAGACGGGACGAACCGACGACAACCAACAAGUGAAUUAUUUGAUGUAAUUACUGAUAUGGGAUCCUUAUUUUCUGAGUUCCUUUGUUUUCAUAAAUAAACACAUAAACUGAAA